GGAUAUGACGGUUGACUCGAAAACGGAGGAGUUGUUUUCUCUCCUGGAAAGUGGCAAACUUCGACGAAGUACCCUUUUCGGGAAACAUGAUCGCAGUGCCGUGAAAAAUGCGGAUGGUGAGAAUAUCUUAAUGGUAGCAGUAAGAACGGGUCAGAUAGACAUUGUACAAGAUAUUGUUGGUGAAUUCGAUCUGGAAGAUACAGAUGCUGAUGGUUGGACAUCUCUUCUUGAUGCUGCAUACUUGGGAAGUGAAAAAAUUGUAAAAAUUCUUUUGGAGGCUGGAGCAUCUGUCGAUUAUCCCGAUGGAUUGGGCUGGAGUCCAUUGAUGUGGGCAGUGUACAAAAAUCAUUAUGCAUGUGCAGUGCUUCUAAUUCAGCAUAAAGCUCAUGUGAAUCUUAUUGAUGAAGAGGACAGUCUAACACCGCUUAUUGUUGCUGCUGGACGUGGCUAUGUUACACUUGUGGAGCUGCUUAUUAAUGCAGGUGCAGAGGUCAAUGCGUGUGAUAAGUUUGGAAGUACAGCUUUAAUUUGGGCUGCACGCAAAGGUUACAAAUCAAUAGUCCAACUUUUGUUGAAUGCAGGAGCUGAACUAGAUGCUACUGGAAUGUAUGGUGCUACAGCUCUAAUAUUAGCUACGAGAGGUAAUUUUAUAGAUGUUGUUGAACUACUGCUUACAAGAGAGCCAAAUGUGAAUGUAACUGACCAAAAUGGUUUCUCAUCCCUUACCAUUGCGGCUCGUGAAGGAUACGUUGAAAUUGUAUCAAUGCUGGUACAACUUGGUGCAUAUGUAAAUGCUGUUGACAGAUUUGGAAAUCCUAUUUUGGCGGGUGCUGUCCGAUCGGGAAAAGUGGAAAUAGUAAAAAUGCUUCUUGAUAAAUAUGUGGAUGUUAAUGCAAGAGAUUCUGAAAACAGAACAGCCCUUCACUUGGCCAUUGAUAAAUCUUUCAUUGAUAUUGCAGUCCUUCUGCUGGAAAGAAAGCCAAACUUGGAAAUCAAGAAUAAGGAUGGUGAUACACCACUGCUCCGUGCAGUAAAAAAUAGAAAUGCUGGCCUUUGUCAGCUAUUGGUGAAUUCGGGUGCCAAAAUCUCGGCGACUGACAACGCGGGUGAUAAUGCUUUACAUGUGGCUUUACGGGCGAGGUCACGGAAAAUAACGCAGGUGUUGUUGUUAAAUCCGUCGGAUUCACGUUUGCUAUAUAGACCUAACAAACUUGGCCAAACACCUUAUGCUAUUGACCAAGAAAAUCCACAACCAAUUAUUCCAUUGAUUUAUGGUCCACUGGACGCUGAAGUACAGGUAGAUGCCGUGUUUGGCUACGACGUUUACAGUAAUGUCUUGGCUGAUAUUGUUUGCGAACCCAAUUUAACUUUACCUUUAACUAUUGGCCUUUAUGCGAAAUGGGGUUCAGGGAAAUCAGUGCUCCUAGCAAAAAUGAAAAAUUCAAUGCGAUCAUUUUCAAGAUCUUGGCUUGACGCUCUGCAGCUUUCAUGGUCUUGGUCAUUGAUAUUUACAAUGGCAGUUGUUAUAACUAUGCUCACACUUAUUGGCAUUACUCUUGUCGCUGUUUUUCAGAACUUUAACUUUAUUGUUAUUUCUAGUGUUUGUGGGGUGACUGUAUUUGUCAUACUAAUAUUAUUAUAUGCUUUACUUUAUUAUGGAAGUGAAAUUAAAGGCUGGAAUAAAUAUGUAAGUAUUACACACAGAAUCGCUAAAUUCUUAGCAUAUAUGCAGUUACUGUCGGACGUUACACUGCAACAUGCAGCAUCAAUUCGAGAUAGAGAUCUUCUGUCAUGCCCUGUGAGUUUCCUCUUUGCUGAUUACCAUCGCUUAUCGUCUGUUGGUGGCGAGCAAGCACUUGCUAAAAUUGUUGCUACAUUGUUUGAAGCAGCCGAAAACCAUUUUGGUUCACUUCCUGUUCGCUUAUUUUGUGCUUUAAAAAUAUCAUUUGCACGUGGCAAAAAGCCAAAAGCACGACGAAUUUGUGGUGUGCCAGUCACUUUUUUAUUGUCUCUGUUUGUAUUUUCAUUUAAUUCGGCCUUUGUUUUCCUUGCAUUAUGGUUAUAUGAUGGAAUGGUUCUUCCUUCCAGUUAUAUAUUUGGUUCUCUGUCUUUUUUUGCCAUUGUGGCAGUGCUUAUUGUAUAUCCGCUUCAUUUAAUUAUAAUUUAUGGAUUUGUAAAUAUGCCGAGAAGACGCGUAAAUGCUGCAGCGCGAAAGAUCAGCAAGCUACGUUUUGAAGGAUUUAUGCAGAAAUUGCAACAUGAGGUACAUCUUUUAGCUGACAUGAUCCGUUCACUUGAUUAUUUCACGAAUAGUCAGACUCGAAUGGUCGUUGUAGUGGAUGGUCUUGAUAACUGUGAGCAGGAACGUAUGGUCCAAACUUUGGAUGCAUUAGAAUUGUUAUUUUCUACUCGUUCCAAUCGACCAUUCGUUGUGACAAUUGCUGUUGAUCCUCAUAUUAUCAUUUCUGCUGUAAAUCAUAGCAUGCAUUCGGCAUUAGCAGGAACCGAGCUUACUGGACACGACUACUUAAAAAAUAUCAUUAAUAUGCCAUUUUACCUACACAAUUCGGCGAUUCGGCAACUCCAAACAAAUUUACGAAACAAAAGAGAAAGCUUAGAUGACUGGAAGGAAAGAUUCAAACGACAGGAUACAUUUCAUGGGUCUUAUGUAUCUUUGCGAGAAAGUACUGAUGGAAAAGCAUCAAAGAAAAUGACAGCAAUUCUGGGAACUCGUGGAUUAAGCCAUUCCUUAUUAGCAGAUGACUAUUUUUCUAAUAUGAAUCCUCGAUCAAUGAAACGUAUUGUCAAUGCUCUUACUUUGACAGGCAGAUUGAUGCGUGCAUUUGAGAUCGAAUUUUCAUGGGUCGCACUCGGUUAUUGGGUCAGUUUAAUUGAACAGUGGCCAUCUCGAAUGUGUUGGCUUAUUGACCAUGCACUGGAUAUUUCACAGGAUUCAUAUUCUCUCAUUCAGCUUUACAAUGAUCUAAAGCAGCAAAUACCGAAGAAAAAUCCAUUAAUUGAUUUGGAUCGAAAUCCAGAUAAUUUCGAAAUGUUCUUGGAACAGGCAUCUGUGACUAGUCCAGAACCGUUGACUGUUGGACAUGUUAGGCAAUGUCGUAUGGGCACUGCACUUUUGAGUAAGCCAAUUGAAUCUCACUGCGCACUUUCAAAUUCAUCUAGAUCGCUCCUUUCAGGCCCAGCAGGGCAUCUUUUUAAAGAUAGAACUAUUUGGCAAACAAUUAAGUUUCCUCUUGUUGAAAUGAAACUAUCUAAUGUAGUUAACUUGGUGAAAAAAUUGGAUAUUCCUGUUGAACGAAUGGGUGUUAUCGUAGAGAAAAUGCGUGCAGCUAAUCUUUCUGGUUUGGUUUUGUCAGCAUGUGAUUUACUUGAAGUACAGCAAGUAUUAAAGCUCAGCUUAGGUGAUUGGACGUUGAUAAAACUGCUGAUCGAGACUCUUCGAAAUUGGCAGCCGAUUGCUACUAGUAAUCCUGUUGAGCUUUCAAAUUCAGCGACUGAACUGGAUGGUGAUCAUCGAUGGAUACUAGAAAGUUUCUCAGGAAUGGAUGUUGCGGAACCGGAAGGUGAUAUAUUACCCUCCUCUUCAGUACCAUCUGUUCAUUUUGAAGAUGAAGCCGCUUCAGAAGGAGAUAGUACGGAGAGCAUGUGUGGAUCGCAAGAAAAUUUGCUAGAUUCUCAACUAGUUUCAGAGGGCCGGGAAGAAUUGAUGGAAAAAAUACAUGUGGAUUCAGUUCAUUCAGAUCCAAGUUGCACAGGAACUCAAAGUCGACCUGUAUCUGCGGUGAUUUUAGAUGUCUCUGAUAAUCAAGAAACAUUGAAGAAGAUUAGCACUGCUGAAAGAGCAUCAAUAAGAAGUGUUUUCGAUACGAUUUGUCCGUAAUA